AUGGCGUUCUGGGCUAGGCUCUGGGGAGUUCUGGCUGCUUUUAUGAGUAUGUUGCUUGAUGUUGCGCAGUUCUGGAAAGAGUACAUUCAUUAUUAUACACAAGGGCCCUUGCUUACUCAGACUUAUAAGAGAUGGCUCUUGUGGUGGAGAUCCAGGUCUCCCAAAGACCGUCUGCUGCACUGCUUGGCUACAGCAGAGACCUUUGAAGAAUGGGAAGAUGCUGCCUUCCAGCUCGAUGAGCUGCUCGGCACGGAUGUCUGGCGCCAAAAUCCGACCAGCAAGGACUACGACUAUCGGCUCAUCCUCCAAAGACUGGAGUCUAUUAUCAGCGCCAGGGAAAACGAAGAUAUCCUCCCGCUGGUGAACCUCCUACGGUCCGGCCUGAUCCGGAACCUUGGCAAUAUAACUUCCCCGAAACUCUUCAACCACGCAUACGCCGGCACCAAGCUGCUGAUUGACGACUACAUCACGCAAGUGACACGGUCGAUCGAAUACGUGACCUCCCUGCAGACGACACCGAUCCACGAGAGCGGCUUCACUUCGCAGGCGAAGCUGGAGCUUCUGCACGAUACACGGCAAGCCUUCGGCAGAACAUCUCUGGUGUUACAGGGAGGAUCUAUUUUCGGUCUGUGCCACUUGGGUGUCGUCAAGGCGUUGCAUCUUCGGGGUCUGUUGCCACGCAUCAUCACCGGAACAGCGACAGGUGCUUUGGUAGCAGCGCUUGUUGGCGUACACACGGAUGAUGAGCUCUUAGACUUUCUCAACGGUGACGCCAUUGAUCUCACUGCCUUUGACCGACAGCGGUUCGCAGAUCCUUUAUAUAAAGAUUCAGGAGAUAGCUGGUUCCAGACCAUAGUUAGACGGUUGAAAAGAUUCAUUCGAGAGGGAAACUUUCUCGAUGUCAGGGUGCUCGAGGAAUGCGUGCGAGCCAAUGUGGGCGAUUUGACGUUUGAAGAGGCGUAUGAGAAGUCAAAAAGAAUCCUGAACAUCACUGUAGCAGCAUCGGGAAAGGGAGGGUUUCCCAACCUGCUCAAUUACCUGACCGCGCCCAAUGUUUUGAUAUGGUCUGCUGCGCUUGCUUCCAACACAUCGUCAAGAGCACUUUAUUCUCCCGUAACGAUCUACUGCAAGGACGAGACCGGUGCAAUUGUCCCCUGGCCACACUCGCAGGAUGUAACAUUCCGGUCGUGGCGGCAAGUCAACUACAAUGGCCGUGAAUCACCGCUUGCACGCCUCGCUGAGCUGUUUAAUGUCAACCACUUUAUAGUCUCGCAGACUCGACCAUACCUAAUUCCAUUCCUCCACUCCGAUUCUCACCCAGAUCAGCGACAGGCUGGCCAGAGGAGUCUCACACGUCCACUGAUGCGCUUUAUUGUUCUGGAGAUCCGUCAUCGAUUAAAACAGCUUGAUUAUCUUGGUCUGCUCCCUGCAAGCUUGCGCCAAUUGCUUAUAGACGAAAGCAUACCGGGGCCUAGCCUGACACUUAUACCGGAUUUGUCUGCCAAAGAUCUGGCGAAACUCUUUCAGAAUCCCACGAAAGAGGGUCUGGAAUACUGGAUUCUUAGAGGCGAGAGGGGUGUCUGGCCUGCGAUUAGUGCCUUGAAAGUCCGUUGUGCGAUCGAGAUUGAGCUGGACAGAUGCUAUCAGAUUGUGCAUCGGCGACGACCUAGCGACGUCCAACAGAGUGGAAGUGUCAACGUCCAGCAUUAUAGUGCCAAUGAAGGUGUCCCUAGAAAACGUACUGUUAGCGAUACUAUAGAAUAG